AACCGUCUUGCAUCCGAACCACCAUGCCUCCCAAAGGGUAUAGACGCAAAGCACAGGUUCAAGAGGACGAUGGGGGGCCGAGUCUCGGCGAACGCCUCUCCUUCCUGCACUACCCAAAACCGUUCAAGAACCCCAAGUACACCAAGAACUCAAACCGGCGCACGAAGAACAUCAAGGCCAUCCUCAACCAGGAGCGGGAGCGGGACAAGGUGGAGCUCGAGCGCCUGCGCGCAGAGAAGAUGGACGUCGACGGCGCAUCCCCCGCCUUAGCUGAGGACAUUCCCACCUAUGCUUCUAUCGAGGCCCCACCGUCCGUUCUCCCGCAGGGCCACUAUUGUGACAUUACGGGUCUUGAGGCGCCGUAUACGGACCCUGCGACCGGCCUCCGAUACCACGACAAGGCUGUUUACCAGAUGAUCAAGGGUUUGACCCCCAGUACCGCGAAGGAAUAUCUUUCUGCCCGCGGCGUAAACUCUAUCGUCAAGUAAAUGGCAUGAGCUCCUUUGCCCUGAGUGAGAUCGGGAAUGCACUUCAUAUCUGAACUUGAUCAGAAGCAGUCGGAAUUUUCUUACGUUUGCAUAACUGUUGUCGGACGAUAGGUUCUUGCCGACAGCCCAAGAAAGAUGGGAGCUUGACGCUCAUCACAGCAAACAAGUUCCUUUGUAACGCACGGUUCUAUUGCGUACACGACGAUAUGGAGACAGGUGGGGAUAGCAGGGUCCAUGUAGACGAGACAGCAAGCAGGUAUAGUACAGAUAACGCAAGAGAACACAUAACAAGAAAAACAGAGAAAAAAAGAUGCAUAAA